UGAUGCAUAUGAUUUUGGAUUGGAUAUUCAUGAAGAAAAAUUAAGAUUGUGUAAAGUAUUAGUGGGUUAGAGUGUUGAAAAUGUAUAUAUCAGAGAAAUUCAUAGCACAAAUGAAAUUGAAUUUUCCAACAGACAUCACAGAACAUAAAGAUAAAAACAUCUUCAUAAACUUUGCUGUGAAUGGCAACAACUUUGAUUUGGAAUUCUUUUUUGGCAAUGUGUUAAAGAGAUGUUUUCAGCAGGUUUUCUCAUCAUCAUCAUCGUCAUCAUCAACAACAACAACAAGAACAAAGACAAUGCAAACAAGGAAUAAUAUGUUGAUGUACAGGUGUGCCUCUAAAAGUAGAUAUCCAAGAUGAAAGUGACAGAGAACUUCUUAAUCAAGUUAAUGAACUAGGUAAACGUGUUGUGUUGGAAAUCUCAGAAGAUUGUCCUGGAAAUAUCUCUGCAGAGAUGGAGUUCAACAAGGAGGAAGACCCUGAUGUUGUUCAUGUAAAGAAAUUCCAAAGGACUGUCCUACCUGAAAUAGACUUGCCAGGUAUUGAAGAAGAAGAAGGUGAAACAGAAGGUGAAGGCACAGACACAGUAGAAUAUUUGGAUUAUGGUUCAUCUGUAGAUGAGACAUCAAUGACUGAGAGUCACCCACAUAGAAUGAAAGCACACCCAAGACUACAGAAGCAAGAUGCUGUCACUUCAUCACCAUCCCAAUCUGAAUCUGAGGAAAGAUUUGCUAGACCAAAGUCAAGGUUAAGAAGAUCAUACUCGGAGGUUAAGAGUCGUCCUAAUUACCAAUCAGAUGGCUCCAUGUCCUCUAGAUCUGUGUCAUCUGCUACAAGGAGCAGGGACUCAUUCAAUUUGUCAGCUCCUGAAUGGUUGCCAUCUCGAUCCCAGAAUGGUAGUCUUAGUCAUAGGGAAUUCAGAGAGUACAAUAGACCCAGAACUGCUUGGAAGAAAGAUAACAGAGAUAAUGAGUAUGAUUCACAAGGUUUAAGACCCGUGUCUGCACGUAGAACUAUGUCAAUGAAAGAAAGAGAGGACUUUGAGUUCAUGAGAGCAAAAUAUUAUCCUCCAGUUCAUGACUGUGUUAGUAUGCAUGACCGUGGGCUUGGACAUGUUACUAACACUGUUCAAAGGAAUGCACUAAAUAGAGCAAAUUCUAGAAAGAGAGAUAUCAAUAUUAACAUAGACUCUGGUACAAAGAAAUUGCCUCAUAAAAUUGAUGCAGUUAUUCAUGGUAUGACAAACGAAGAUGUAACUGUGGGUAAAGGAAACAGGGGAAACAUAAAUAUCAGGAUACCAGGGGCUGAUCAACAAGAAACUGCAGAUGAAGUGUCUGAUUUAGAAGUAGAUCAAGCUCCCCCAAGACCAAUUAAAGUAGACAUUAAUGUGAAUAUGAAUGAGAAAACAGAUGUGGAAAAAGCUAUAAAAAAGAAGGAAGUGAAACCAGCAAAGACUCCUCAAAAAGUGAAGAGAAAACCACCUGUGAAGGAAAAGCCAAUACUACAGCAGAUUAUAGAAGAACCAAUAGGUCCUGGAGUCUCAGAAGCAUAUGCUGUCCAUAUAUUAAAAGUCCCUCUGAAAGGGAAGAAAAACAAGGCAAAUACUAAAUCAAGAAGCCGGUCCAGAUCUCCUAAGAAAGGAGGAAGAGGAAGGUCACCCUCUCCUAAACGAAAUCUUCUAAAGAAUGAAUUAAAUAAUGCUAGGAAGGACAUAGAUGCUAAAGUAGAAGAUGGAAAACAACAAAUUGACAAGUUAUUACAAGAAUGUUUGGAAAUAUUUGGAACAAAGCUUAAAGAGCAGCAAGAAAUGUUUGCAGAACAGAUGCAGAAAGCCCAUGGUCAGUUUGCUGAAGAUCUAAGUGAAGCACAGGCUGCAUUAUCAUCCCAUGGUGAAACUGUUAAAGGAGAUCUGUCAACACAGUUGGUUGCAGCAACAAACACAAUAACAGAACAGCUUAAAGAUUCACAGACAGCUCUGAGAGACAGUUUAGAUGUUUCACAGAAAGCUUUGUCAAGCCAGUUAGAAGAUUCUCAGAAAAUUUUAGCCAGUCAGUUACAAGAGUCACAAAAUAAUUUCGGAGAACUUGUAAAAGAUUCACAAAAUGUUCUUGCAGAUCAGCUUAAAGAUUCACAAAAAGUAUUCAGUGAUCAAGUUCAGGAUUCACAGAAACUAUUGUCUGAUCAGUUGACUGAAUCACAGAAUACGCUGACUACUCAAAUGAAAGAUUCACAGAUCACUUUAACCAAUCAGCUGAAAGAGUCCCAAACUAUGAUAGCUGAUCAAGUGAAGGAUUCUCAACAACUUAUUGCAGAGCAACUUAAGGAUUCACAACAAACAAUAGCUGAGCAACUCAAAGCUGCUAAAACUAGCUUUUCUCAGCAGUAUACAGAAUCAAAAGAUGCUUUGACUACUCAGUUUGAAGAGUCCCAGAGUAAAAUGUCAGAACAAUUGGCCACAUCUCAGCAAGUUAUUGCUUCUGAUCUUACAAACUCUCAGAAUGUUUUAUCUAAGCAACUGACUGACAACCAGAAGAUUAUGUCAGAGCAGCUAGAGACAUCAAAGGACACAAUUGACAAACAGUUACAUGAAACACAGGCAAAGAUAAAUGAACAGCUUGAAGACAGUCAGAAGCAGAUCGACAACACCUUGACUGAAACUUUGGACAAAAUUGAUCAGCAAGAGCAGAGUGCUACAGAAAGAUUGUUGAAAGAAAGUGAAGAAUCACAGAGAAAGAUUCAAGAGCAGGAAGAAAGUGCUAAGCAAAGAAUGCAAGAAGAAAGUGAGGCAAGUCAGAAAAAACUUGCUGAACAAGAAGAAGCUGCCAGAGAAAAGCUCAAGCAAGAAUCGGAAGAGACUCAGAAGAGACUGGCUGAACAAGAAGCUCAGGCAAAGGAACAGAUGGAGAAAGAAAGAGCUGAGACACAAAGAAGACUUGAGGAACAGGAAACCAAGGCUAGGGAACAGAUGCAGAAGGAAAGUGAGGAAACACAGAAAAGAAUUGCAGAGCAAGAAGCUCAAGCUAAAGAAAAAUUAUUGAAAGAAGGAGAAGAAACUCGUAAAAAAUUGGCCGAACAGAGUGAAGAAAGCCAGAAGAAACUAGCUGAGCAAAGUGAGGAGUCAGCAAAGAAACUUGCUGAGCAAAGCGAGGAAACUACAAAGAAACUUGCAGAGCAAGGUGAAGAAACACAAAAGAAGUUGGCAGCUCAAAGUGAGGAAACACAGAAGAAACUGGCUGAGCAAGAGAAAAAAGCAAGAGAAGAAAUGGAGAAAGAUAGAGAUGAAGCGGCUAAACGUCUUGCAGAGCAAGAAGCAGCAGCAAGAGAAAAUAUGAGAAAAGAGGGAGAUGAAACAGCAAGGAGACUGAAGGAGCAAGAGGAGCAGGCUAAAGAGCAAAUGAAAAAAGAGAGUGAAGAAACUGCACGAAGAUUAGCAGAGCAAGAAGAAGAAGCAAGACAAAAGCUUCAGAAGGAAAGUGAAGAAACUCAAAAAAGGUUGGUUGAACAAGAAGAGAAAACAAGAGAAAUGAUGCAAAAGGAAACCGAGGAGUCUGCAAAAAGGUUAGCUGAACAAGAGGCUUCAGCUAAAGAGAAUCUACUUAAGGAAGGGGAGAGCUCUGCAAGGAGACUUGCUGAACAAGAACAAAAAGCCAGACAAGAAAUGCAAAAAGAGGCAGACAGUACUGUAAAGAAACUGGCUGAACAAGAAGCUAUGGCCAAACAAAGCUUACAAAAGGACUUGGAAAAUAAACAAAAGGCAAUGGAUGAGCAACAGAAAGCAAUUGAAGAGAAACAGAAUGCCAGGGAAGCCAAACAAAGAGCAAUGGAAGAAGAAAAGAGGGCAAUGUUAGAGAAACAAAGGGCACUAGAAGAACAAAGACUGAGAGAAAUGAUGAAAAAGAACCAGCUUGAUCAGAGAGAUGGAGCCAGGCCAUCACCUAGAAUUGUGAAGGAAUCACCUGUAGCAUCCCCACGAUUUUCUAGAAAGCCCCCUGUAAAGGAGUACACAUACAGAAUGCCAGAAGUCGUGUAUAUGAAAAAUGAUCAGAAAAUGGAGUUGAUUGAGAAACCUAGAAAGAUUGUUGAUGAUGAUAUGAUGUACUUUUGUAACCAAGACGAUGUUGAUGAUAAUGAAAGUUUUGAGAGUCUGUUUGAAGGUUUCGAUGGUGAUCUAUCUAGAAAUGGUAACACAGUUUCAGAUAGCGGGUUUGACCAAUCAGAAAGCUUUCAGUCAGAGAGGAGUGAGGAUGAAAGAGAUAAAAGUAGAGCUAAUGAAUGUAGAAAAGUAGAAAAGAACAUGGACAAGUUGAAAUUAAAACUGGAGAAAAAGAUGACAGGGUUAUCUCUGCAGUUACCAAAUGAUUCUGAGAGUGAGUCUGGAAUGGAGCAGAGUUUUAGUGAGACUGUUGAAGAGGGGAGAGCAAGGGAGAAUGUUAAACCUGUUGUAGAAGUUGAAAAAGAAGAUGUGAGACACAGUGUACGUGACAAGGAGAGUAUGAAAGCUGAGUUUUUGCGAGAUCUGGAAAACAUGGGAAUGGAUAAUGGGGCGAGACCAAAAACAACAGUAAACACAAAUGCUGUUAAAAUUGAGAGAGAUACAAUUGAUUCAGGGAUUGAAAGUGUGAGAGAUGAAGUUAGUAAGAAAGAUGGAAAGUCUGUUGGGUUUGAUUUGGGGGAUGACCAUAAAGCAAAGAAAAGAAAGUCUCAAGAGUCAGUUGGGCAGUUAUUGGCUAGUUCUUAACAAUAAAUUUAUAAACAUGAUAUCCAUUGAAAAUUAUCAUUGCAUUAAUUGUAACUGAUUUUAAAAAAAAAUGUUGAAAAAUAAAUGUUAUAGUGUAAACAUCAAAAAAAUUGUUAGUUUAAACAUUUCAGUUUUUUCCAGAUGGUAUUGUAAGAGAAAAAAAAUUCAAAUAUCACUAAUUUUAUUUAUCAGAAAAAUUGUAAAUCAGCUAAUUAUUUUAUCUGAUCAUAUUAUUGAAUAAUAUGUAACUUAAGUUCCUGACCUUUAAAAUUCCUGAAACUUUCAAAAUCUAAACAUUUUGGUUGAUUUCGGAUGUGUUUGGAUUUUUGUAGUGAUAUGUUUAGAUGCUUAAAUGUUUGAUCAUCCAAAUGUACGGGAGUCUGUAACAUUGAUAUGCCUUUGACUUUGAACUUUAAAUUUAAAUGUUUGAAUAUCAGUAAUAUACACAGUAGUGAUUGUUUUUUAUAAUCAAAAUAUACUUGAAUUUGCUAUGUAAUUGUACAUUUUAUGUUACGUUGUAUACAGCUAUGUUAAAGAUGCAUUUAGAUGAUCUUGAAUUUAGGUUACAAAAAUCCCAAGUAAACGUAAACAAAAUUAUUGCUAUUAUUGAUAAAGAAUUGCCUUUGAGCAUUAAUAGAUAGCAAGGAGUCAGGACAUCUGUGCAUUCUGACCAGAUUCUAUAUUAAUGGCCAUGAAUUUUAUCACUUUGUUAUAAAGACCUCUAAGAUAAGCAAAUAUUUUAGAUGGUUCCAAAGCCAAUAUAAGACAGUUUUAAUGUACAAAUUUGGUAGAAUAAGAGGUUGUUGAUUCAUGAUGUGAGUUAUAGACUUAUGAAGAAAGACUCUAAAAUCUGAGAUGUGCAUGCAUUUAAUUGUAUUAUAAGUCUUGUACAUAUUUUGUUUUGUUUUUCAACUUAUCUAUGGAUGCUAAAUUUUGAAGUGCUAAUAAUUGUGAUCAGUUAUAUAUCCGUUCACCAUUUUUAACUUAUCAUCACAUGGAAAAUUAAGCACAGCAUAUUCUGUUGAUUGGAAUUUUUUUAAAAGUUUUACACUUUGAUUGUUUAAAAAGUCAUACACUAUAAUUUGUCAUCUGAUAUUGAUAUAUUGUUGAUAUCCUUUAGGCUGAAUCAAAGACAGCUCUAGUUUUAAAUGUUAAAUUAAGACAUUCAAGUUCAUUUAACAAUUUUGGUGAAUAUUCAAACCCACUGGUAGUUGUUGUUGAGCAUGCACAAUUUUUAUGUGCCUCUUUAAGUCUAAAAUCGUGAAUGUUAUGAAAUAAUUAAAACCAGUCACUGUAAAUUUUUGUUGGUAAAGUUUUGACAUGAUUUAGAUCAAGCUUUCAUUCACUGGAGCACUGACUUCACCCAGGUUGAAUAUCUUUGUUACUUUUUUCACAAAAUGUGACAAUAAGCUUAUAAAACUUAUGAUUGGCAACCAGUCAAAAACUGGACAAUCUGAUUGAUCGAAUCUGAAUAUAGAUUUUGAAUUUACCAAUCACAGAGCUCCAUUUCAAGACUGGUUUACUAUCUUUGUUUUAUUCUUGUCUUAGACUGUUCAACUGUAAGCAUGGUAAUUUAUUUCACUAUAUUUUAUUAAUAUUGAUUAUAGUCUUUUGUUUUGUUUAUGAUAUAUAUUAACCUAAAUUGUGGCAAAUGUUUUUUUAAUGUGAAUGCAUAAUAAACAUAUAUCUAUAUCAAUAUAUAUCCUAGUGUUAGAAAUUCUGUGAAUAAAUUGUUAAAUAAUU